AUGGCUCCUUUCGCGACAGGAACCGAUACACCACACGCAGUCGAUGGGUCCCCGAUUCUGCCUGGUGUAGACGCGUCACAAAUCACGGUUCUGGCCUCGUCGAGAGCUGUUAUCGAGAACAGACUUACCGCCGCGACGAUUGUCGUAUCAAGAUCGAGCGGCAAAAUCACCUCCAUCUUCGACUCCAUACUUCCAGCUUCGUCUUUCCCCGAUGGCACCCCAUACACAGACUACAGCCCGUAUGUGCUCAUGCCCGGGCUUGUGGACGCACAUGUCCACCUCAAUGAGCCGGGAAGAACAGAGUGGGAGGGCUUCUGGACCGGAACACAAGCUGCGGCAUUCGGAGGCGUGACGACCGUGAUUGACAUGCCGCUAAACGCGAUCCCACCUACCACGACUAUACAAGGGUUGAAGGAGAAGGUGGCAGCUGCGCGGGGGAAAUGUUGGGUUGAUACAGGCUUCUAUGGCGGCAUAGUGCCGGGCAAUGUCGAAGAGCUUAAGCCUCUGGUCAGAGCAGGCGUGCGCGGGUUCAAGGGAUUCCUCAUUGACAGUGGCGUGGAAGAGUUCCCAGCCGUCACAUCGUCAGACAUUCGGAAGGUCUUCGAGGAGUUGGCCGACGAACCUACUACGGUCAUGUUCCACGCAGAGAUGGUCCCGCCAGUCACUGCGUCCGUUGGGGAUGAUGCGCAAACUCCACUACCUCCCUUGGAGCCAACGGGACCACUGAACAAGUACCAGACAUUCCUCGACUCACGACCCUCGUCGUUCGAAGUGUACGCAAUCCUAGAGGUCCUGAGCCUUGCCCACCUGGCACCGAGGCUGCCUCUACACAUCGUGCACCUUUCAGCAGUGGAAGCAAUUCCGAUGCUUCGAGACGCCAGGGAGAAAGGUGUCAACAUCACAGCAGAGACUUGCUUCCAUUACCUAAGUCUGGCAGCCGAGAACAUCCAAGAUGGCGAUACGAGACACAAGUGCUGCCCUCCUAUACGAUCAGCUUCCAAUCAAGACGGCUUGUGGAACGAGAUGCUACUCCCCUCAGACAGCGUCAUCAAGACCGUCGUAUCAGACCACUCUCCCUGCACGCCCAACCUCAAGCUCCUGCCCUCUCACGUUCCCGGUGCAGAGGGUGGCAAAGCAGCAGGCUGCAACUCAGACCAAGGCAAAGGCGACUUCUUCACCGCAUGGGGCGGCAUCAGCUCCGUCGGUCUCGGCCUCAGCAUUCUCUGGACAGAAGCCAUGCACCGCAAUUUAGACGCUGAAGAAACUCUCCUAAACGUAGCGAAGUGGUGCUGCUACAACACAGCGAAGCAAGUAGGCCUCGAGCACAGGAAAGGAUCGCUAUCGGUAGGCAUGGACGGCGACAUAUGUGUCUUCGACGAUAAAGGCACGUUUGAGGUUGAGCCGAGUACUAUGCUGUUCAGGAAUAAGUGCUCGCCGUACGAAGGCAAGACGCUCAGAGGGUAUGCGAGGGAGACUUGGCUAAGGGGGCGCAAGAUCCAUAGCAGGGAGCAGGGAUUCAAGAUGGCGAAACCGGUUGGCGAGUUGUUGCUGGAACCUAGGCGAGCGUAA